AUGGUCAGAUGCCUGCGACAAGCAUAUGGGUACCUGCCCAACACCAAUACGAAUCUACCAUUGGCACCUUCGGAUUGGCAUGAAUUAGUCGAAACCUUCGGUUUUCUAGGCGCACAUACCAAAGAGGUUGGUCUGGGCGAUCAGCAAGGAAUUUAUCAAUUUUACUUCGCUUGUAUUGAACCGACCAGUGUGGAAAUGCCGGCCUCACUGUCAGAUCUCAACAGCUACAGUGUAACUGCACUUUCUCAUAUUUUGGAUCUCUCCCAAAUACACCGACCACACCCAAACUUUUAUGUUUUUGAAGAACCUCGAGCAGAAAAUGUUGACUGGAAAUUGGCUGUUGAGACAGCGGAAAUUGCUCUCUGCGUCUGUCGCCUCAAGCUGGAGCACUCAUGGGCACGCAUUGACACGCUGGCCAAAAUGCUACUUGAGAGAGGAGUGCCCUGUCGUACUGUAACGGGCCUUCACAUGUCAGGACGAAGCACUACUGUGCAGCAACAAUAUACUCCUCGAUCUGUGCGGCCUACGGGAUAUACUUUUGGCCUCGAUGACUUCGAAACAUAUCGGUUUCAAUGCGAGAACAUAAUCAAACACCAACCCCAUGGUCGGGCCGCUUUACUGAUGGGGGGAUUGAUUGGGAGGAUAGCCAGUGAAUACCUGAGUGUGGACCGAGCACUCAAUGGCCCCUCGCGGGAAAUCCUGGAGAAUCGUCAAGGUUUCGUGCUAUCUGCAGGCAACACAAAUUGGUUCUAUUGUGACGACCAACUUACGGAAAAUGAGCUGGCUAUUAUUUGUGGGACAUACACGUUGUACACAGCUCAGACAGGACAAACCACCGUGAAAUCUUGGUUUCCUCCAGCCAACUUGUGGAAGGUACCUGCCACACAGAACGGAACGCAGUGGGUCGAAUGGACCCCUACCAACGAAGCCUGGUAUCUGGAACGUGUGGAGGCCAUCCUCACUCGCCAGGCCCAGCCCUUGACAAGAGUGCAAUGGAAAACAAUGUUGCGCGGGACCCCUCCUAGUCGCAAGCUGCAGGCUUCGGCAUCUCAACGGGCUCAGGCCUUGAUCAACGCUCAUGUUUCUGUGGUACCCUCAUUUAAUGGUGCCCCAGGAGAAGAGGAAGAGGGGUUGGUGGGUACGUGGGGUGCGGGUGCUGGACCGAGCGCUUUGGAUAUUUUGCAGGGCAAAGUGGUGUUUUAUGAUUGUGAUGAAGCGAUUUUUGACGAGUCGUCGGAGGAAUCCUCUUCAGAAGAGGAUUCGGAUGACGAUGCGAGGAGUACGAGUAUGAGCGCCGAUGUGCCCAGCCCACACCCGCGGUUUAUGGGCAGGAGGAGGGCGCCGAGGCCGCCUGCUGUGAGGGGUUUUCUUUUCCCUUCCAGGUCGAGCACCUUCUGCGCAGGCACCUGCACACCCUCAGCGCGUCCAUCUCCAGCACUGGCAGCAUCGCCGAUGCCCCGCCACCUUCUGUGUCGUCCGCAUCGAUCCCCGGAUUAUGGCAAUGUGAUAAAGAGCAGUCCGUUUGGCGCUGGGCGGUUGGGUCUUGGACUGGGCUUUGGCCCGUUGGCGGCGGGGAGUGGUGCUGGUGGGAGUGGGAGUGCCGGUUCGACGAGGACACGUGACAAGCUCGCGAAACGAAGGAGGAUCACGAUGGGCGGUGGAUCUACGAUGUCGUCGCCUUUGAUUUUGCCGUUGGGCAGCGCGGGUGUUGGCGCGAGUGUGACGAUGCCUGGCUCGCCGUCAUCUGCUAGUUCGGGAUUGGGGUUUAGUGCACAGUAUCAGCAGCAGCAAGCACAGACUCAGGCUCAGCAACGGCAACAAACGGCAACAGCAACAAAACCAGAAGAGCCGCAAAGAGCAGCGUCGGGAAGCGCAAGAGCAGCGGUUUGCAAGGUGGAUAUGCGGGGGCGGGCACAUGCCGCACACCUGGAUGCUAAAGCGAAGUAUGGUCUGCGCGUCGACGUGUGCCGGAGAGAUAAGAUUAGAUCCAACUGA